UUCGUUAUUGCUCAAAUUUAGCUAACAGUGGUAAUUGAAGUUAAGCGUAGCUAAUUUACACUAUAAUACCUAGUUAGGCGAGCCUGACCUUCCCCAAUUACUAUUCAUGGCUCUGUCUCUCACAUCCGACAUUCCUUUGGCCGUUGCUUCGCACAACAGCUUCAACAAACUUGGAGCAAUUCCUCACCACCCUAACUUAUAUAUAUAAUCAAUUCCUUAUGCUACUAUAUGUACUACUCCAAAUAAAACUAGCAAACAUUUUAAGAUAUUCCCUACUUCUCCUUCUCCUAAACAUAUUCAUUAUAUCCAACACACAAUCAACAUGGCUACUAUCCUUUUGGCCAUUGUGAUUGCCACCCUUUUCACUGCAAACCCUAUUUCUUGCGCCAAGCAAUCCAAAAUAACUGGCAUGAAAAUGAAUGUGAUUGAUCAAUGUUGGAGAUUGAAUCCCCAAUGGAGGAGCCAUCGAUCGCAACUCGCCAACUGCUCCAUUGGCUAUGCGGGCAAGAUGAUGAACAACAUUGGCAAUGACCUCGUCUAUUAUGAAGUUACUGACCCUAGUGAUGACCCCAUAAACCCUAAGCCUGGUACCUUGCGAUAUGGAGCUUCUAUGAUUCAACAAAAAGUUUGGAUUACAUUUAAAAGCGACAUGAAAAUCACAUUGGCCAAACCCCUUCUCAUUAGUAGCUUUACCGCCAUUGAUGGUCGUGGCACCAAUGUCCACGUUGCUAAUAAUGCAUGCUUCAUGAUCUUUAAGGCAACGAAUGUAAUAAUCCACAGCAUUCGAAUCCAUCAUUGUAAAUCACAAGCUCCUGGGUUGGUGGUGGGUCCAAAUGGAAAGGUAAUUUCAUUGGGUCAAGUUGAUGGCGAUGCAAUCAGACUAGUCACUGCCUCAAAGAUUUGGAUUGAUCAUAAUACACUUCAUGAUUGCGAAGAUGGUCUUCUUGAUGUUACACGAGGUUCCACUGAUGUCACUAUCUCUAACAACUGGUUCCGAAACCAAGAUAAGGUUAUGCUUCUUGGCCAUGACGAUGGAUAUAUUAGAGACCGGAACAUGAAAGUUACCGUUGUCUACAAUCAUUUUGGACCGAAUUGCAACCAACGCAUGCCAAGGAUCCGUCAUGGAUAUGCACAUGUAGCGAACAAUCUUUACCAGGGAUGGAUGCAAUAUGCUAUUGGUGGAAGCAAAGAACCCAGUCUCAAAAGCCAAUCUAACCUCUUCAUAGCACCCAAAUCCGGGAACAAGGAGGUGACAUGGAGAAAAGGCAGUAACGAAAAUGGGGACAGAUGGGAAUUCCAUUCAGUAGGGGAUGUUUUUGAAAAUGGAGCGUCUUUCACGGCAACAGAAGGAGGACGUGUGCCAAAACCCAAUUAUAGUGAGGAACAACGUUUUAAGGUUCUUGAUGCUAAGUCUGUUAGAUUUUUGACAAAAUCCUCUGGCGUACUACGAUGCACCAACAAAAAAUCUAUUUGCUAAAUUACUCUCUGUAAUUUACCUCACAUUACCAACAACAAAUCUAUUUGCUGAAUUCCUCUCUGAAAUGUAUUCAAUGAGCCUUGUGAGUUAUGAUGAAUUGAGGACUAAUUUAUAAGUACCUUAUAAUUUACAUAUAUUACGGAAGAGAAAUGUACUCAAUUACUUAAUGCUAUAAAGUGAUUAGACCCACUUUUUUAACUGAUUAUAUUAAAGGAAAAGUAUAGGUAACAAUGAAAAUACUAAAUAAUAUGAAUAAUAGAUAUAUCAAAUGUUCAUUUCAUAAAGUGUACGAAUGGUUAUUCUAAUAUUAAGAUUUAGAUGGAUAAUUUAAAAGUGUAGUGUG